UCAUCAACGGGCGCCCGGCCUACGGUUUCCGGGAAGGGCUGCGCAGCUGCGUAGGGGUCGCGGGUGAUUUCGAGGCAGCUGGCGCGGCUCGGGGUCGCCAUGGAGAGCGGAUCGCGGCCGUCACUCGGUCAGGUCAUCCUGCUGGGCACCAGCUCGAUGGUCACCGCCGUACUGUACUCCAUAUACCGGCAGAAGGCCCAGGUCGCCCAGGAACUCAAGGGAGCUAAGAAGAUUCAUUUGGGUGAAGAUUUAAAGGCCAUUCUUUCAGAAGCACCGGGAAAGUGUGUGCCUUAUGCUGUCAUUGAAGGAGCUGUGCGGUCGGUUAAAGAAACGCUCAACAGCCAGUUUGUGGAGAACUGCAAGGGGGUGAUCCAGCGGCUGACGCUUCAGGAGCAUAAGAUGGUGUGGAACCGAACAACCCACCUGUGGAAUGACUAUUCCAAGAUCAUUCACCAGAGGACUAACACUGUGCCCUUUGACCUUGUGCCCCACGAGGACGGUGUGGCUAUGGCUGUGCGAGUGCUGAAGCCCCUGGACUCGGUGGAUCUGGGCCUAGAGACUGUGUACGAGAAGUUCCACCCCUCUGUACAGUCCUUCACCGAUGCCAUCGGCCACUACAUCAGUGGGGAGCGGCCCAAAGGCGUCCAGGAGACAGAGGAGAUGCUGAAGGUCGGGGCCACCCUCACGGGCAUUGGUGAGCUGGUCCUGGACAACAACUCUGUCCGCCUACAGCCCCCCAAGCAAGGCAUGCAGUACUAUCUGAGCAGCCAGGACUUCGACAGCCUGCUGCACAGGCAGGAGUCUAGUGUGCGGCUCUGGAAGGUUCUGGUACUUGUGUUCGGCUUUGCCACCUGCGCCACCCUCUUCUUCAUCCUGAGGAAGCAGUACCUUCAGCGGCAGGAGCGCCUGCGCCAGCAGCAGCUCCAGGACGAGUUCCUGGAGCACGAGGCCCACCUGCUGAGCCAAGCCUCUCCUGAGGACAGGGAGAGUCUGAAGAGCGCCUGUGUUGUUUGUCUGAGCAACUUCAAGUCUUGUGUCUUCCUCGAGUGUGGGCACGUGUGUUCCUGCCGCCAGUGUUACCUUGCCUUGCCAGAGCCCAAGAGGUGCCCGAUCUGUCGGCGGGGUAUCACCAGGGUGAUACCCCUGUAUAACAGCUAGGGGAUCUUGCAGUCACACUGCAAAUGUCCUUCCUCUUGUCAGGGUCUGCCUUGAGGCCUUUGGUGGGGUGGCUGUGCCUUCAUGUGUGAUGGAGGAGACACCGGCGAGCCUCACGUGUCCAAUAGCUCCGUGUUGCUUUUCAACCUGGAUGGGUCCCUUUCCAGUUCCAGACCCUGGUGGGGGCUUUGGUGAGGCCCCUUCUCAGGAGCUCGAUCCACGUUGUGUGAUUCAAUAAGACCAGCUCAUUGUCCAGGCUCCAUGGCCAGUCCUCUCCACUCGUGCUGCCUGGGGGGGAUGGGCGUGGGAGGGGUGACCCUGAGAGGGCCUCACAGCAUGGCCUCUUGGGAGGCUGCCCAGACUCCCUCUCUUGCUUCUUGCUCAGGGGAAGGCAUUUUUUUCUUUUUUCUUUUUUUCGGAGCUGGGGACCGAACCCAGGGCCUUGCACUUGCUAGGCAAGCGCUCUACCACUGACUAAAUCCCCAACCCCAGGGGAAGGCAUUUUUGAAGACUUGUCAGGUGGGCAGGCCGCUGUGUCUCUCUUACUCGGUUACUGAGUAAUGAUGUGUGAACCAAGAAGGGAGGUCAGCCGGUCUGCUUGGCACAUCUGGGUGGGGCAUAGGUCAGCAGGAGGACAGGAAGCUUUUCGAGGGUUUCUAGGUUGGCAGGUAGCCUGGGUGUUUUCCUUUGACACAGGGAAAGCCCCAGAGCUGUGGAUGUGGAGCUACUAUUACUGCUUGGCUUCCCCAGGCUGCUCCGGUCUCCCAUAGAGAGACCUCACUAAAAGAGAGUGAAGGGUGCUGCUGUCCUGGCCUCUGGCCCAGUAGCUUCUUUGCUUGCUUUUGCCAAAGAAAGGUGUCCGACGGGCACACCCACAGUGUCAGGACUACUUCACUGUCCCCAGCAGCAGCCCCAACAGCCCCUCUCCCUCCCCCACCCUUUGACUUGUGAGUACAAGAGAAAUUAGAAACUAUCCAGUGGUCAGUCAUCCAAACAGCUCUUCUCUUCCUCGAACACUCUCCCGGCCUCCUGUGAUGGGGGAAGGGCUUCUUCCAGGCACUGGCAGGAGCACAUGCCAGGCCUGAGUGAGCAGCACAGAUUAGACAGAUUGUGUCACGUGUGUGCCUGGUGCUUUGUUCACUAACGUUAAGUGGCUGAGAGUUGCCUGGGAUGGAGUUGAAGCCCCACCACCACAGGAUAAAGAUGGAUCUCGAAGACCUGUUUUCCUCUUGAGCUUCCCAAGAUGAGGUCCAGUUCAUGGUUGUUGAGGCCCCCAUGCUCACCAAGCCCACAGUGGGACUCUAGGGAGCCCUGAAGACUUCCCUAGACACCUGGCCUGGGGUACUGCCUGGCCUUGCUGACAUAGUUAUCUGACAAAAUGUGUCUUAUUUGGAGCACUGGAGAAGCUGAGGUGGCAUGGGGCACUGAGUGCCAGCAGGGGGACAUUAGUAUUCAGUGCAGUGUGCCCGGUAUUAUUCUAGUUGCUAUCAUAAACUGGGCUUGGUAGCAAGCCAGUCUUGUUUGAGGCUAGCCCAGUCUACAUAGUGAGACCCUAUCUCAGAGCAGCUGGGGCUCGAGUGAUGGCUCAGUGGCCAGGAGCACUUCCCUUGUUCAUGCAGAGGACCAGCUCUCUGCCAGUGUGCUCAGAACCAUCUGGGGAUCCCACGCCCUCUUCUGAGGGUACUAGACAUGCACACCGUGUGCAGACAUGCAUGCAGGUAAAAUGUGUGCUCACAAAACUAAAAACCUGAAAAAGAAAACCAACCCUGCAUUUGUGGAGUCAUCACAGCCCAUAGACUGUGCCAACGAGUGUGUGAACCAGAAGAGAAGUUCAUGAGGGUUCAAAGCUCAUUGGCAAGUUACAGCCACCACCUGAACUCCAAAUAAACAGAGCUUCAAGAACAGAAUCCAGUCUCCCCCAGUAAACUCCAAGAAGUUCAGCAGCAACACAAAGUCUGGAGGAAGAUGACCAUGGUAGAGGGACAGAGAGUCUGAUAGCCAGUAGAGCCCGCCCAGUGAGGUGUGAAGACCUUGGCAGGACAGGGUAAGGGGACCACUGGGAAGCCCUAACCCCCUUCCCUGGCCUUUCUGUAAGGCAGCUGCAAGGGCCCAGUGGGGCUCAGAUGGUGGUUUUGGAGCCCACCUAUGCCGGAAUCAAGAACAAAUCUCAUCAAAGGGCUUAGGAGAGAGGGCUUGUCUGUCCCACUGAGUGGACCCCUGCAGGUGCCUCCCACCAUGGGAGACAGGAGCAAAAGAGUCUUCCAGCCAUCAAAAGUGGGCGUAUCCCCUGGUGCUAGGAUUUGGGCUCAACGUCCCUGCUUGAGCCUAGCAUAUCUGACCCUGCCGCUGACUUUUGCUACACUUUUACCUGUCAUCCGUGUCGACUCCUUCCUUCUGCUCUUCAUGGCUCACCUCCGGGAGGGUGCUGAGGUCUCAUGGGGGCUUCAACAACCUAACCCAGUAUGUGGGACCAAGCCUGGGUUGAAGGGUGCUUAGGGGAGCAGAGCCAGGAAGGGAGCUGUCAGUGGGGCUGGGGUGUCCUGAGCACCUGCCAUUCUCCGCAGCCCCGUUCAUCCCUGGCAGAGGGGACUGGGCGGAAAUCAUCUUGAAUAAGUGCUGCCGACUUGGCACACCUGUGCAGGACUGUAGGUGCUAAGGCUUCACCCCCACAGUAUCGCUACCCCUAGUUCUUUUCUAGCAUUUGAACUCAGCCUAACUAUAAAGCCAGUAAUAGCCUUUGCUGGGAGCCCUUGAGAUUCCUGGGACCUUCUCAGAGACUGAGCAGCAGAUGCCUCAACCCUUACGAACAAUGGCCUAGAGUCCGCUUAGGUUCGCCACACAUCUUCCUGUGCACACGAAGUCAUCUCUAGAUAUCCUUUUUUUCCUUCUUUCUUUUUUUUUUUUUUUUUUGGAGCUGGGGACCAAACCCAGGGCCUUGCGCUUAGCUAGGCAAAAGCUCUACCACUGAGCUAAAUCCCAACCCCUUCUAGAUAUCCUAUACAAGACAGGUCCCAGGCGCCCGGGGGAGAGGGUGACUGCUGUUUGGGGAUGAGGAAAAUAAAUGUGUACAUGCUCAGUUUGGUUUCUCUCUUGGAU